AUGGCAGAAGCAGAUAUCUAUACCAAGGAUGGAACAACUGACUUACGCAACAAACCGGCCAUCAGGAAUAAGACAGGGACAUGGAAAGCAUGUCCGUACAUCCUAGAAAAUGAAUGCUGCGAAAGAUUGGCAUACUACGGGAUUAACACAAACUUGGUUAACUAUCUCAAAUUCCAACUCAACCAGCGAAAUGUUGCAGCUGUUAGUAAUGUCACGAAUUGGUCAGGAACAUGCUAUGUCAUGACGCUAAUUGGAGCAUUUCUAGCUGAUGCCUAUUUGGGAAGAUACUGGACAAUUGCUAGUUUCUCCAUCAUCUAUGUUCUUGGAAUGACGAUGUUGACAAUGUCAGCAUCUAUUCAUGGUCUAAAACCAGCUUGCGAAAACAACCUUUGCCAUCCGACGGGAUUGCAAACUGGAGUGUUCUUUCUAGGACUGUACUUGAUAGCCCUGGGAACCGGAGGGAUUAAACCUUGUGUUUCAUCCUUUGGUGCAGAUCAGUUCGAUGACUCUGCUAAGACAGAAAAGAAAAAGAAGAGCUCUUUCUUCAAAUGGUUCUAUUUUUCAAUCAAUAUUGGUGCCCUUGUUGCUGCUUCCAUCCUUGUCUGGAUACAAACCAAUGAAGGAUGGGCUUGGGGCUUUGGCAUUCCAGCUGUUGCCAUGGCGAUUGCAGUUGCAAGUUUCUUUUCAAGUACUAGGCUGUACAGAAACCAGAAGCCAGGAGGGAGUCCCCUGACCCGCAUCUUCCAGGUUCUAGUUGCUUCCUUCAGGAAAGUUCGGGUAGAAGUACCUGCUGACAAGUCUCUUUUAUGUGAGACUGCGGAUAAGGAAUCUGCUGUCAAAGGAAGCCGAAAGCUUGAUCACACAAAGCAGUUGAGUCAAAUGGGCACAUUAUUCGUCCUGCAAGGCAACACUAUGGACCUUCACAUGGGAGGAUCAUUCGAGAUCCCUUCAGCUUCACUUUCCCUCUUCGACACAAUCAGUGUCAUCUUCUGGGUUCCAGUGUAUGACCGUUUCAUUGUUCCACUCGCGAGAAAGUUCACCGGCCAUGAAAAUGGAUUCACUCAACUUCAACGCAUAGCAAUUGGCCUUGUCAUCUCCAUCUUUGCCAUGUUGGCUGCAGGCACUUUGGAGCUUGUCAGGCUCCGCCAAGUGAAGAAGCACAAUUACUACGAGCUUAGGCACAUGCCGAUGUCAAUAUUUUGGCAGGUUCCCCAGUACUUCAUCAUAGGCUGUGCUGAAGUUUUCACCUUCAUUGGGCAAUUGGAGUUCUUCAAUGAGCAAGCCCCAGAUGCCAUGAGGAGCCUGUGCUCUGCUCUCUCACUUACAACAGCUGCCUUGGGAAACUAUCUGAGCACAUUUCUUGUCAAUAUCGUGACAGAUUUCAGCACCAGGCACGGUAAUCCUAGCUGGAUACCAGACAACUUGAACUAUGGUCAUCUUCACUACUUUUUCAAUUUGGGAGCCUACCUUAUGCUUGCCAGGUCGUACACUUACAAGAAGCCAGUUCUAUCCAUCAACUAA